AUGGCACUGUUAUACAUUUCAAUAGGAACUGAAAGCGACUUUUUUGCCGGAUAUCGAGCUUGUCCAUGUUUGGAAGGAUUUUAUCGAAUCCAUCGAUUCGCUAAAUGUCACAAAUGCAAAGUAGGACGGUUAUGCCAAGAUGAAUAUGCCUCAUUAAAAUCUGGAUUUUGGUGGCGGUGGCGUAACGAGUCAUACAAACAGCGCUACCAGGAUUUCAUACAAAAUCUUUUGGCGUCUUCACCAGCGCUGGAUAAUUCUUCCAUACAAUACCCACAUGCGAUCCCAACACCCUAUAGAUGUCAGGUAGAGGAAGCUCGCAGAGGGGGUUUGGAUUCCACAUGUGGAGAGGGGUACGAUGGUCCACUUUGUGCAGUUUGUAGUUCAGGAUAUUACAAGCAACUGAAAUCAUGUGCAAAAUGUCCUUCAAGAGCGUGGAUUGCUACACAAUUGACGAUUAUCGUCGUCGUUCUGUUUCUGAUUAUUGCGUUUAUGAUGUGGAAGAAAAAAACUAAAUGGGAACAAGACCAGGGCCACUACCUGAUAGACAUGUUCUUUUCUAAGCUUAAAAUACUGAUUGGUUUUUAUCAGGUCACUCACGGCUUACUACAGGUGUUCUCAUACAUCGAUUGGCCGGAUUCACUGCAAGCUGUCGCCACAUACUCAGGAAUACUCCAACUGAAUCUGCUUCAGAUCGCACCUAUUCGCUGUCUAUUUUCAGGAUUACAUGUAAAUGCCUUUGGAGAAUUGUUCCUGAUGUUGACUUUGAAUUUUAGUGUCAUUGGCGCCUCAGGGUUUUGUUACGUUAUCUAUAGGUCAGUAACCUUGAAAAAUGAUGAUCUUGAAGAGGAAGAGAAGUCGAGCAAAAUUUCUCGAACAAAACAGCUGUUUUACAAAAAUCUGUGUUUCUUCCUAUAUGUAACUUAUCUGAGUACAUUUUCCAAGACAGCAAGCGUUCUGCCAUUUGCCUGCCGGAAACUCUGCAGAGAUGACAAGGAAGAGCUGUGUGAAGAAUACGCCAAAGCAGAUUACAGUUUAAGAUGCCAAGGACACAUUUACAACUAUUGGCUGAUUUUGGCAUACAUUUCGACCGCCUAUCUCUUUGCUUUACCUGCCACUUCGUUCAUCGUACUUUGGAGGCAUCGGAGAGAGAUAUCAACUAUGAAAAAAGAUAAUAACGUUUCUGACAAGGAGAUAAUUGAGGGGCUGAAAUUUCUUUCCGAAAACUAUAAACCUUCUUCGUGGUAUUGGGAACUAGUUGAAAUGGCUCGUAAAGUUGUUCUUACCUCUGGUCUUAUCCUUGUGGGACAAGAGAGCAGGUCCUACAUUGGUUUGGCAUGGGUUGUUGCCGGUAUGUAUGGAGUACUUUUCUCCUGGAUGAAACCCGUACGGGAGGCCUCCGAAAACAGACUGAUGACGACUUCCUUAGCUGUCACAGUUGUAAACAUAGGCAUUGGCGCUGUGAGCAGAAUCCCAGGCGAGAAUAUAUCAGACAUGGAGGAUAAGCAAAGAGAAGAAAUCGCAAUGAAACUACUUAUACUGGGUGCCAAUACCAUGGUGAUUGGUGUUCUUGUUGGUAAGAGAGUACAAUGUAUUUAUAAGAAUUGAAGGAUCGAAUUAAAGGCUAGUUUGGUCUCUCCCGUUGGUCGCUCUGUAAAGCACGAAGUAAAUUUUCCACCGAAACUAUUUCAACUUUCAAUGAGCCACAAGCUUAGCUUUUCGCGUAUGUAUGAUUUUUUACUUACAAAGUUUUUAUUGUUCCCUUCACCUUAAAACAACUGAACUGAUAAUUAUUGCAAAGUUUUCUAUCAUAAAGAUAAUGACUGGGGAGGAGCAGUAUAAUCUAAAUAAGGGAAACAGCCAUACAAACAAACAAACAAACCCGAACAUAAGCAAGAAUAGAAUGGAAUAUCAAUGGAACAACGAAUAUCGCCUAAAAUGAAAUUAAAUUCGUCAAUCAAAAAAUUGUAAAUGAGAUAUGUGAUUCAUAUCUCUAUUUCAGUUCAAUACCUUGUGUUUUUGUACGAGUACCUCAAGGAGUGGCGCAAAAGCCCACAGUGGUCCUUUUCUUGCUGUUUGGCUUUGCUUCUUCCAGUCAAUGACUUGCAAGGAGAAAUUCGAGGAAUGGUUGGUAAAAACUUGAUGAAAACUCAGCUUGACAAAGGGAUAUUGAAGAAACCAUCAAUUGCUGCCUCUGCGCUUGAAAGCGGAGCUAUGAGAUUCACUCUUUGUCAUGAGGAACUCCAAAGCGUGGAUGAACGAGAGGAACAGUUCGUCAAGGACAACGCUAAAAAAUGUCAUCGUUGGACACAAACAGAGGGUCUUUUGCAAACUUUCUCCUUAAAGGUGGAGUCUGGAUUAACGGACGGCACAAAGCAGACUACUGAGUGA